AUGAACACGAGGAAAAAGGUUCCUCCCUCACUCGUACCGGCGCAGCAACGCGCGCCGGGCAGCGCUACUGAAAUAAAUCAGUAUCACUCCGAAGAGAACUAUAAGCGACACGUAGGUCUACGUCAACUCGGUGUCCCACCCCAAAUUGUGCCCGUGAAGCUUUCCGACGACUUGGAAAUCGGUCAGAGACUGGGUAUUGUGUGCUCAGUCCGAAAAGGAACGCAGCCAAUAACUUUUCAGUGGAGGAAAGACGGUGGUUUACUCCAUGAAGAUCAGCUUGUGAGAAUUUCACACAACGAUGAUUACCAAGAGACCCUCCAGAUCCUCUACCUAAACUCAUCGCAUGUCGGAAAUUACACUUGUUCGACAAAAAACCCCUAUGGGUCCGAUCAAAUGGGCGUGCGAGUUAUCUUGAACCAUGCUCCCAUCUGGAUCUCAAAUGAAACUUCAGUCUCUGGCGUGGCGGGUGAAAACGUCUCGCUGAACUGUGAAGCUUCAGGACAUCCAACUCCAAUUAUUACCAUGCUGAAAGAGGGAAAGGCGCAGCAAGCGUCUCCGACGGGCAAUGGAAGGCUCCGAAUCGAUCCAGUCAAGCCCGGAGAUGCUGGAACCUACACGUGUAACGCUACUAACGCGUUGGGUUCGAUCACGAAAACGAUCACUCUACAGCUCUCCGGUGAGGCCAAAAUGCUUGAGGGCGCUACGGGUACCGACCCACAGAGAGAUACCCAAGCUUAUGGCGGUAGCAAAAUGGCUCCUCAGGAAGAAAUCAUGUUGCUUUCUGCGUUGUGUCUCUCGAUUCUUUUCACCAGUGGAACUGUCGGUUCAGCUCCCUCCCCACCACAAAUCGCUCAGAUGAAAGUUCCUGAUCCGCUGGAGGAAGGACAGAGACUAGUGAUCGUGUGCGCCGCCGUGAAAGGGAGUCUCCCGAUUUCCUUCUCAUGGCGGAAAGAUAAUGCACCCCUGAAUUCGUCGAGUGUUCGAAUCGUCCAUUCUGAUGACUACCAGGACCAGUUGCAAAUCGACAAACUCGGUAUCGAUCAUGCUGCCAACUAUACCUGCUCGGCUCGGAACGCAUUCGGAUCCGAUCAGAUGAGUGUCUCUGUGAAUCUCAACUUCGCUCCUGUGUGGGUUCAUGAUGUUCCGGAGAUCAGGAGCGUACCCGGGGAAAGCAUCUCGAUAGACUGUCGAGUAUCGGCCUCCCCGACAGCGACGAUACGCAUUUCGAAAGGAAAACUCCCGCUGCGGAACUCGCACGGAGUGCGAGUCGCGGAUGGAGUCCUCGAAAUUUCGACUGUAAAAUUGACGGACGCGGGAGUCUAUACUUGUGAGGCAUCGAAUGAUUUAGGUUCGAUCGAAAAAAACAUCCUCUUGUCUUUGAACGGUGAGAUCGCCGACUUUCUGGGGGUCAUUCCAAAAUGGCCUACUCACUCGAGUCGAAUCGUGACAGCUACAUAG